CGUGUAGACAGUGCCCGCGUCGCGUCGUUUUUUCUUUUUGUCUAUGACAGCGUAGUGAGGUGAACAUCUAUUAUAUUUGUUCCCAAAUCGUAUAUUAAACAUUAGUGGUGUUUGGUGUAUUUUAAAGAUUUUGUACUAUUCAAUCGACAGUACAAACUUCGAUAUUUUUUGGUUUUAUAGCAGCACUGAAAUAUUGUAAGAAUGUUAGAUCCGCAAGAUGGUAUUGAUAUCAAAACAUGUCGUAUAUGUUUGACAAGUAAAAAACCUCUCUGUCCUCUCUUCAAAUAUAAAUUGUCAGGAAAUUAUGCAGAAAUGCUAACAGCAGUUGCUGAUGUAAAGGUAGUAGCAAAUGAUGGUUUACCAGAAAGAAUUUGUUAUAAAUGUUGUUCUGCAUUGGAAAAGGCAUACAUGCUUAAAACUGUUGCAGAAAGAUCAGACAAAAAGCUUAGAAAGAUUCUUGCAAGAGUCAGUGCUCAAAUGCCGACCAAGAAAAUAGCAUUUGAUUCCUUUACUGACAUCAAAAGUGAAAUAGGACCACUUGCUGUCAAACCUGAGCCAAAAUGGGAAUUAGAAGUUGAUAUGACAUAUAAUGAGAAUAUUCCGAAGAAGGUAGAAACCAUAGAUGGCAAGGACAUAGUUAUAGCAAACACAGUGAUUAGAAAAGUAGACUCAAAUACAGAAGAAUCUAAAUCUGAUAUUAUAGCUGAUUAUGUAGAUUUAACAUGGAGUUCAACAAAAAUAUCUCCAGAACCUAACAACCUUGAGGUUGAAUACCUAGAUGAUGAUAUUUUCCAAGAUGAUGGUGAUGAUGACGCUGAUUACGUACCCCCAACUGAAAAACAAAAAAAUAAAUUUAAAAAACCAAAAUUAUCUGAUAUUAAAGUUUUCAAAGGGAAAAAGUCAAUUGUGAGAAAAUUAAAAGUAUUAAAAAAUUAUAGAGAUGAAUUUGAAAGUAAUUCUAAUAAAAUUAACAAAUCUAGCAGUGAUUCUAAAUCAAGGUCAACUACAAUGAUAACAUGUUAUCCAAUCAUGAAAAAUGGUUCAAGAGGGCCACCUAUACUAUUAAAGAGACCAAAAGAUGCUACUGUGUUAAAAGUUCAUGCAAAUUAUAAAGUAAGGAAUACCAUAUCAGAUGAUACAAAUAAAUCAAUACGUCGAGAAAAACCAAUUAGAGUAGUGAGAACUGCCAAGCCCAUAGUUAAACAAAGAGAAAAGAUGGUUUGCCCUAUUUGUGGAAUAUUGACCUUUACACUUGGCAACCAUAUAUCAACACAUCAAGAGAAAAAGAGAUAUUCAUGUACUCAGUGCCCCAGAACAUUUGCGCAAAAAGGUAAUUUGCUAGUCCACAUGAAACAACAUACAGGUGUAAAGGAUCACAUCUGUGAAAUUUGUGGUGCAGGCUUCUAUUCCCAGAAGUCAUUAGUUAGACAUAAUCUAAUUCAUAAAGGAGAGAGGCCUUUCCCCUGCAAUCUUUGCAAUAAAAAAUUUAUAGCUGCUUAUGGAUUGCGCUGUCAUAUGCAAAUACACACUGGAGAACGAAGAUUCACUUGUGAGCACUGUGGUAAAAGGUUUAGGCAAGGCACCCAUCUGCGAGCUCAUGUCAUCAUUCAUACAGGCGAUAAGCCAUAUUCUUGCAAGGUAUGCAACGUAGCGUUCAGUUACAAAGUGAAUUUGAAUAAUCAUGUGAUAAAAGUUCAUGGUGUCAAUUUAAAAUUUAAAUCUAUCCACACUGUCACGGAAGAUGUGCUGCGGCGAGAAAUGGGGUUAGUGAAUGAGACCCGUGUCGCCAUUUCUCAUAUUAUGCCCCAACUGGAUGAUGCUCCGACGCCCGCUGCUCACGAGACUGUACCGCAUCACAGUACUGAUUACACAGUCUAGUGGAUUCAUACAUUAAUAUUGACACUGCAUUAUCGACAAUAUCGGUUGCUUACAACUAAAACGUGUAAUGGUCGAAAAUUAUUGUUAUUUCAGAAAAUACUACUAAUAAUAGUUAAAGUUUCUAAUUUGUUUUGUAAAUAUUUUUUUAUUUUGAAAGCAUGGUAUGUUCUAUGAAAUUAGAAGUAUAUGCGUGUUCAUUGUAAAUACUAUUAUUUACUAUGAUAUUAAUAAGUUCACAAUGUAAUAACAGCGAAAUCACA